AAGUCGGUCGAAUUGAUAACAGUGAACGAGCAUGUGACGAAGGGACGAAAUCAACCGGUUCACCCCUCUUUAAAAUGCUCAUACGUUCUCUGGAUAAUGAUGUGUUAUGUCUGCUGAACAAUAAAAGGUUACGAAGAUCGUUGCACCUUAUAGAUGGCUGAAGGUGGUGCAAGACUUGAUGAACCAGAAGGGUUCCCUAAACAAGGCAGUGUGUCCAGCCAUCAAACCCUGUGGGAAAAUGCCUCCUUAGAGACAUGCGCUGUCAUGAACUGGCUCGGAUAUGGGCCAGAAAUCAGACAGGCACGUAUAGACGCCUACAUGGAGUGGGGCAGGCUGUGUACUGCACAGGUCAGAGGAGCAGUAACAAUUAUUAUUACAGGUAGCAAGGCUGAGGGGCUGAGCCGCUUCUGUGAAAGUGAUAUGGAUAGAAUGUUUGUAAUCAAUAGCGUGAUAUGUUUAGAAGAUAGUGUUUAUGCUAAUAACUUUCCUAGUGAGAUAACCGUGCUGAGAUCAUAUAGCCUUAUGAGUUACGCCGGACACUGUAGGCUGCUACUAGAGAGACGCGGUACAAUGGUUGACCCGUACGUAGACGGUGCGUUGUGUGAUGAUGGAUAUGGUCGCGAACUCUUGAGCAGUGACAUGUUUGUUAAUUACUUUUCAAAAACUCAAUAUGAGGCACACGUGGUGCAGCAUGCCCGAGCUGGACCGUCAAUACCCACUACAUCGAAAGGAGUUCACCACAGUGACACAGUAUGGGCAUUACGUUACUACUGUCCCAACAUUCUGUCAAAAUGGGCCGCAAGACCUCGCCACUGGCCGCCAGCGGAAGUCGUUCAGCACGUCGUAUCACUUGGAGCAUUUCUUACGCCUGUUGGAUUUAAAGGCAGUGAAUAUCAACAUGUUGAAUGGAGAGUUUGUUUUAACGCCGGGGAGAUCGAAAUAGUACACAAUCUUAAUAAAACUCAAAUAAAUCUGUAUGUUUUAUUAAAAAUGGUGAAGAACGAUGUAUUAAAUCCACGUAAGAAAGAAGUUUCAUCGUACACAUUAAAAAACAUUGUAUUAUGGAUUGCGGAAAAUAAUCCCCAGUCAUUGUUUCAUGAAAGAAGUCUGUUACACUGGUUACUUGAAGGAUUGAAUGCACUUAGAGUCGCGUUGGUAACCCGAGAGCUGCCAUACUACAUGAUUCCAGAUAGAAAUCUGAUGGCAGCCAGUGGACUUGAGGAGGAACAGCGGUGUACAUGGAUAUCAACGAUUUCAGAAAUGUUAAAUGAAGGUCCCAGGAUGAUACUAAGACUUCCAAAGAUACGGCAAGGCAUUGUAGCUCACCCUGAGCCAUUCCGAUGGUACAACGGGAGGAGAAUAGAGCUUGAAAUGCUGGUGCUCAUGUGGCAGAUCAGAGAACUCCUCUGCAUAGAUGCGAACUGGAAGAUUGACGAGUCAGAUGUUACUCUUCUGGCAAUAAAACGACGCGAGAAUGAGAUUGUGAGGGAGGUGUGCAUGAGGAUGAUUUUGGAAGGGAGUCGAGAUAUCAAUAUGCAGGAUGUUUAUAAUGGAAUGUUGAUGUAAAACGAUUACAUUCAUUAAUUGACCAGUUACUAGGCGCGGACAAUCAUUAUUUAUAAAGUGUUUGUCCGUUCAUGCUUUGAAGUAUCAAAGAAAAUAGUUGAGCAAAAUAGAAUACUUUAUUGACGUGAUGGAAUUUUUAUUUGUUCAGUGAUUGAUUUUGAACUUGCAGACGUACAUUGCAAAUGGUAGAAAACUGUAUAGUUGAGAGACGGCUAUAACAAGUACCAGGUCAGUAAUAUUUGCAAAAAGUCUUAUUUCAAAAAUUGCAAUCUUCUAUUAAACUUUGUUUUCAAAUAAAGUUAUAUUAGAAUACUCCUACAUUGUUUCUGAUCCAAGAAAACAAAUAAAUGUGUUGCUGUGUGAAACCAGCGGUAUCAUAUCACGUUUUGCUUCCUUUUAAAAUUGACAUCAGUUACUAGCGCAUUUCUAGAUAGGUAGUAAGGCGACUAUUGUGUAUUUGUGAAAGCAUGUUUAAAAUUAAAUUGUAUCUUUCUUAAUUUCAUUUCCAUAUAUAAAGGACUACGUGCUAUGACAUUUUUUAUGUUGAUGCAGCUAGAAUACCACUUUGGUUAAGGUUGCUAUUGUGUAUGGAUAGGUAUUAAUUGAUGAUACAUAUGUUACAUAAGUUAUAUUAACAUUAUGAUCGCAUCACAUUUAUCGAUAGCAUUCUUGUUGUUCUGGCAUAUAAUCGUAUUGCUAAAAAGUGGCUAUUUCAUUGGUAUAUUUCGGUUAUGGUCUCCUUUAUUCUGUUUGCGCCCUAUAAAAGUUAUAUAAAAUGGCACAUUUAUUAAAAGCGUUUUCGCUUCUGUCGCCUUUUAGUAAAUGUUCAACAAAAUAUUCGGUAAAUGCAUAGAUACGUUUGGUCGCUUUCAUAUAACUGAUGGACAUUAUUAAAAUUCAAUUUUAUUUUCACCAUAAAUGUGUGCAGAUAUUUGUAGUGUAAAUAAUUAUGUCGCUGCGCAUUAAUUGAUCCAAGUCAUUGCUGGUUUAUAAUGAUACACAUAUUGUUGGCUUUAAGGUAUUUAGUCGUUUAAGAUUCGUUUAUUCAUGAACUUUUUAUUUUUGAAUGAUUUUUAUAAGCGAUAUGUUCGUAGUUGUUGUGGUUGGUUUAUCCAUUAAUAACUGUGUAUUUAUUGAAUUGGUGAUAUUGUGGUAACUUUAAAGGUAAUAUUUGCUUUCUCUGUGAAUAAAGAUACCCCGUUGAUUACCGUAUUACUUACUACUGUCGCUGUUACUGCAAUUGUUGUUAGGUUACAGUAAUGGAUGAAUACGCUGUUUGUCUGUAUGUUAAUCUAUUGAUAAAGUAAGCGUUAUUGUCGCUAUACCUUAAUUGAUUUAUUAACUGAUUCGAUUAUUGUCCCUAAUCAUGAAUAAUUUGUAUUUAUCAUUUCAGUCAUUGUCGAUGUUACUUAAAUGAUACUGUUAUAUGUGAUAUGUCAGUUAACUGUAAAAGGACAUUGGUGAAUGACUUAUGCCGCCUUGAUUUUAUUUUGUCUUAUGCCGCCCUGGUUUUUUUUACUUAUGUCGCCCUGCUUUUAUUUUGACUUAUGUCGCCCUGAUUUUAUUUUGACUUAUGCCACCCCGAUUUUAUUUUUUCUAAGACUAUUAAUGGUCCCAUAACUAACUAUUCUGUGUGUCUGUUUACAUAAAAUAUUUGCUUGAAAUAAACUUUU